AUGCAGGAAGGAAAGCACAGAAUCCUUAUGUUAUUACAAACAGCUUGGGUGUUGUUGGUGGUUUUUGUUUUGAAGGGAUGUGCACAAAACUUACCCCCUGCAAAAUACGAUGGGUUUGUGUACGGCCAUCCCCGAGUUGACUCGGAUUCGAUCCUGAUUGAAGCGUUCUUCGACCCGGUGUGCCCAGACAGUAGGGACGCCUGGCCACCCCUCAAACAAGCCCUCCAGCACUACGCUCCUCGCAUUUCGGUGGUGGUUCACCUGUUACCGUUACCUUACCAUGACAAUGCUUUUGUUAGUUCUCGUGCACUACACAUCGUAAAUCAGCUGAACGCUUCUGCUACAUUCCCAUUGUUGGAGUGGUUCUUCAAGAAUCAGGAGAAGUAUUAUAAUGCUCAAACUCGCAACCUUUCCAGAGUUGCAGUUGCAAAUGACAUUGUCAACUCUGUCACGGAAGUAGUUGGGAACUCCUAUCAUAGUGACCUUGAAUCCGGCCUCAAUGACCGGAAAACGGAUCUCAAAACAAGGGUUUCCUUCAAGUAUAGCGCUUCAAGAGGGGUGUAUGCAACGCCUACUUUCUUUCUUAAUGGAUUUGUAUUGCCUGAUGCUGGCUCCCCUACAGAUUUUAAUGGAUGGAAAAAAAUCUUUGACCCAUUAGUUGGUAAUGAGGCGUCAAAGAACCAGGAAAAUCUGCACUUCUUCUUGUGA